UACAUAAUGCCAGUUUAGUUUGCGUUCGAUGAGAUUGCACAAAUACAAACGCAUUUCACUUAUUUUUUGGAUGAUCUACCAAUACAUAUUGGUAAUUUACAUAAGUAUAUAGAGAAAAAGAAAGCGAAUAAAGUUAUCCGCCAUUGUAUUCAGCGGUUUUAUUCAGUAUUAUUCUUCUUUCAGACAGUUGCUAAAAACAAUUGCCAAAAGCCGAAGUCAAUUCGACUCAAGUAUCCACUUAGAAGAGAUCUAGAAAGAACAUUACCAAAGUUUUUAUUUUUACGCAGUUGCAAUUGCAAGUGAGUUCCAGUUUUGAACAUAAAUUAUUAUUUUUGUUCCAGACAGUUUCUAAAAACAAUUGCCAAAAGCCGAAUGCAAUCCAAAUAUCCACUAAGAAGAGAUUUAGAAAGAAAAUUACCAAAGUUUUUACGCAGUUGCAAGUGAGUUUCUGUUUUGAACAGGAGAUACCUUUAAUUAUUAACAUUAUUCAAGUACCUACGAACAAAACAGUUGCUAAAAACAAUUGCCAAAAGCCGAAGUCAAUUCGACUCAAGUAUCCACUUAGAAGAGAUCUAGAAAGAACAUUACCAAAGUUUUUAUUUUUACGCAGUUGCAAUUGCAAGUGAGUUCCAGUUUUGAACAUAAAUUAUGUGAUAUUUUUGUUCCAGACAGUUUCUAAAAACAAUUGCCAAAAGCCGAAUGCAAUCCAAAUAUCCACUAAGAAGAGAUUUAGAAAGAAAAUUACCAAAGUUUUUACGCAGUUGCAAGUGAGUUUCUGUUUUGAACAGGAGAUACCUUUAAUUAUUAACAUUAUUCAAGUACCUACGAACAAAUUUGAGCACUAUCAAAAAUUGAGGAAAAAUAUUCAAAUAUGGAUUUAGUCCGAGAAAAAUUAAAAAAUUGGAAUAUGGAGCACUUAACAGACGCUUUUAUAAAUUGAUGUAGUGUCCAUCGACACGCUAUCUGAUGUUACCCAGCCACUUUCUCCCUGGACUUCAAGCUCAAUCGAGAUUGAAAACAUAGAAGACUUGGAUAAAACUCUUCAAUUUGUCCUAGAAGAUCAAUCAAACCCAAAUUGUUCAAACAAAAACCAUACAUCUGUUUCUAAAGGAACAGUUAAAGAAUAUCUAUCUCAUGGUGAAGGCAAAGUGCUAAAAACAUUUUUUAAAUCACACGGAAAACUAGACCAAUUUAACAGAAAUCGUUUAGCAUCAAUUAUCAUUGCUAAGGAGUUUGAGUUGGUUAACAGUUCAAAUGAAAAUGACUUUAAAAUAACCACAGAAAGAUUUAAAGAACUCACACAACAAAUACUCGAAAUUUUUCCUACUGAAUCACCAUCUAUAUACUUCAACCCAUAUAUGAAAGACACAAAACGAAGGGCAUCUGGAAAACUGUGGGAACGAUUGCAAACAUUUAAAAAAACAAUUCGACGAUCUAAGACACUUUCAAUCCAACAUUCAGAUUCAACACCAACUAUUAAAACCUCGGAAAUUGAAAAAAUUAAUGAAAAAUUACAGUUCCUUUAUAACUAUCUAGAACCAUAUGAUAAAAUUGUUGAAUUUUGGAAUGAUACUGUAGAAGCAAGGGCUGAACUUUUUAAACCAGAAUCAAAUCUAACAAUAGGUUCAUAUGUGGACAAAUUUCCUAUUUUAAAGAGUGCUGAAGGAUAUAAACUUUAUAAAAUAGAUUUUGACCAUUACUACAAGGACAAAUCAAACAAUUUGCUACACAAGUGGACUGAAAUAAACACGAAACUCAUAAACAUUGCUGAAAAGAAAAAUAAACCAGAAAUAAAGAAUCUUUUAACAUUUAAAAGCAACAUAAUUGGAUUCUUUCUUUUACCAUAUCUUUUAUCCACUCCAGUCUUAGGAAAAAGAAAACUUACACAGACUAAACGCAGCACGAAGCUUGAAAGUGCUGAUUCCUUUUUUAUUUUUGUUUCGUGCUCAAGCCGAAUUCAAGAAAAGUUGGUAGAGGUAAGGAGAUUGCUUCAAGUCAAUAAGCAAACCUUACAACCAACUGUAAUUCUUGUGGGUGAAAAUAAAGCUGAUAUCACGGAGGCAUAUUUAGCAAUUGAUGACAGUCUGUACAACUGCGAAGGUCCCAUAGAGGCAAUAGAUGCAUGCUUCAAGAGCUACACAGCAUUGAACGCCAAAUUUCCUGAGUCCGCACAUCAUAUUUGGAUGCUCAUCCAAAAGUACAUUUAUAAUAUCAGCACCGUACACGACAAAAAUUACACUACAGUUAACUCGCUAAUUAGCGACCUUACGUAAGUCCUUAGCAUUAUAAUUUUUUUUUUGCUUAAAUAUAUUAAAAGUUAAGUUACUAUAAUUUAUUUUAAAUGGAGUGCUUUAAAUGCAAUGUAUUUCAUGCAUCAUUUCAAACUUAUGUUCAACACUUGAAACAUAAACAUAAAUAUGUAAAUAUAUAUAAAUGUCAAAAAUGUAAUGAAGAAAGAUCAUUUAUUUAUUUUAAUAGUUUUAAAAAACACAUAAGCAAGCAUUUUAUGAAUCCUUUGGAUAAAUUUGCAAAACAUUUAGGUGAAAAAAAUACUCACAUAAUUCCUCAUAAUACAAUUGAUGUGGAAAACCCAUUUCAAACCGGGGGUUCACUACAAAAUAUAAGCAUUAACAUUUUAAGAGAUAAUGCUAAUUUAGAACUCAUUUCGAACCUUUACAAGAAAAAUAGUAUAUGUAAAAAGGAUGUGCAGUACAUAGUAACAGCUUUUGACGCCUAUUUUAACAGCGAUUUCCUUAAAACUCUUUUUAAAGGUGUUAAUAAAAGUUAUGCGCAGGCUAUACAAAAUCCUUUCAAACAUAUCUCGACAGAAUAUAAACGAAUAAACAUGUUAAGAGAAAAUGGUUUGUACUUUUCUUCAUCGUCUGCCACUAUAGGCAAUCGACUAGAUUAUACAAAUCUUGAAAAUCGCACAAUACUUCAAAACAUCACAGUGAAGGAAAAAUAUAUUUCACUUAAGCGUUAUAUGAUUGUGUUUUUAGAAAAUAGUUCGGUUUUCGAUCAUAUAAUGGAGUAUAUUAACGAAUUGAAACUUGAAACCAAUUCUGUUAGUAACGUAAUGCAAACCGCGUUUUGGAAAGAAAAAGUUACUCAAUAUUCUCCUCAAUGUAUUGUUCUACCAUUACUUGUGUACUUCGAUGACUUCGAGGUUAAUAACCCUCUUGGUUCAAGGAAUGGCUACCAAAAGAUAGGUGGUGUUUACGUGUCGUUUCCGUUUCUUUCGCCGCUGUAUCGUUCCAAAUUAGAAAAUAUUUUUGUGACAUUAUUGUUUCAUACACUUGACAAAAAAGCAUACGGUAAUAGCGUCUUCCGGCCCCUAAUUGAUGAAUUGAAAGACCUUGAAAUUAACCCCUUAAAAAUAUCUAAUAAACAGGUUUUUUUUGUCCUUGUUUCUUGUAUAGGUGAUAAUUUAGGACUUAAUUCCAUGCUUGGCUUCACUGAAAGUUUUUCUUGUAACUUUUUUUGCAGAAUAUGCAAAAUGCAGAAGAGCGAUGCACAAACUGCCAUUACAGAAAAUCCUUUCUUGAUUAGAAAUCCAAAAAAUUAUGCAGAUGAUUUGAAAAAACAUGACGUUAAAAAAACUGGUAUUUUAUCAUCAUGUAUUUUCAAUGAACUUCGCAAUUUCCAUGUUUGCCGAAAUUUUAGUGUUGAUUUACUUCAUGAUCUUUACGAGGGUAUUUGUGGUUUUGAAACAGCAUUUAUAUUGCAUUCAUUUAUUAAAAAUUCAAAAUAUUUCACUUUAGAAAUAUUAAAUAAUAGAAUUAUAGGGUUCUUUUAUGGGCGAUUCGAAGGUUUAAACAAACCUCAAGAGCUCAGUAUGGAUAAUUUAAAAAAUCAUAAGCUAAGAUAUUCAGCUUCAGAACUAAUAUGGUUUAUGAAAUACCUGCCACUUAUUAUUUCAGACUUGGUGCCUGAAUCCGACAUUUUAUGGAAUUUUUUUUUAAUUUUAAAAGAAAUAAUAGAAUUACUAUUUUUAGAAAGCAUUGACGAACAAAUUAUUAGUUGCUUGGAAAAUUUAAUAAGAAAGCAUCACACUUUAUAUUUAACUCACUUUAAAAUGCCACUCAGGCCAAAGCAUCACUUUCUUACUCAUUAUCCAUUCAUAAUGCGAAAAUUUGGCCCGUUGAAACAAUUUUGGGUUAUGCGACACGAAGCAAAGCAUAAAGAAUUAAAACAAAUUGCAAAUUCUACACGAUCUCGAAUAAAUAUUUGCCAUACAAUUGCGGAACGGAUUCAGCUAUCAUUUUUCCAAAGUAAAUUUCAAAACGAUUUUGAAAAUAAGAUCAUUUCUGGAAAAGAAAUCAAAUGUUUUAACCCUUUCAACAAUAUUUCUGUUUAUAUUGCUCAGUUGAAAAACUUAGACAGCAACACUAAGUUUUGUAAGUGGACAGCAAUUUGUGAUAUAAAAAUUAAAAUAGGAAUGGUAAUAGAAUUUAAUAACAUUGAUAAUAUUCCAUGCUUUGGGCUUGUAGAAUUGAUAGGUAUAGUGCGCGAAGCAAAUAUUUUCUGCAUUUGCAAGCUACUGAAAACAAUGUUUUUUGAUAGGCACAAUUAUGCAUUCUUGGUGGAAAAAACGAAUUUAUUUAAAAUUAUUGAGUUUAAAUUAAAUGUAACAAAUAUACGUUCUAUAAUUUUAUCUGAUCGGGAAUUAUAUGUUACUUAACUAAUUUAAAUGUAAUUCCACCCUCUAUCACGUUAACCUACGCUUUUAUAAGAAAUAUUUUCCUUUAGUAAGAAUAAUAUCUAUUUAUUGCUUAUUCUAAAUAAGAUUCUCUUAUAUAAAUUUCCUACCUUAUAAUCAGAUAGACGACGAAUGUCCCUUAACGUAUGCUUGCAUACGGUUUCAAUUUAAAAAUUACAUUACUUGUAUAAAUUCAUUUUUUUCUUUAAAUCAAAAAAAAAAAACAAGCAUCAACAGCUACACAGAAUUGAACGAUAAGUUUCAAAGUAUAAUUAUUCUUUUAUAUUCUUCACACUUUUCAUAAUCAAAACUCCUUUUUCUUUGCUCCUAAUAUCAUUUGGAUGCUACACCUAAAUUAAAUUCAUAGUUUCAAUGGCACGACCAGAAUCACACUAAUGUUAAAUAUCACUAAUUUGAUUUCUAAUCAAACAAAAUAUCUUUUUAAAAUAUAAACAAAAAGAAAAUCUUUAUUGUUUUAAAUUGAGUUCCUAAAAUGUAAUGUAUUUCAUGAUACAUUCUAAACUUGUGUUCAACAUUUGAAAAUGUCCAACAGAACGAAAAUUUAUUUUAAUAGUUUUAAG